AGCAAACAGUUUGGUGAUAAAAGCUAUGGUGACUUCCUUAUCUUCUCCCGGCGUCGCCUUUUCUUCUCCGGCGUUAUCUUCGUCGUCCAAUAGAUUUCUCUUUCGUAACCAGAACGCUAGUCCUAGUCUUCUGUCUCUUCCAGCUCAUCGUCCUUCUCGCUCUGUACUUGUGUGUGCUCGUGGGAAGAACCGAAAGGGAUUCACCUCUUCUUCUUCUUCGUCUCCAAAGAAGAACAAAAAGAAGGGUUUUGGGGGAGGUGAGGAGCAGGAGGAGGAUGAUCCAUUUGAGGCACUGUUUAAUCUACUUGAAGAAGAUUUGAACAAUGAUAAAUCUUCUUUAGAUGAUGAGGAGAUAAGUGAAGAAGACUUAGAUAGACUAGCAGCAGAGUUAGCUGAAGUUUUGGGUGGUGGUGACGAUGUUGAUGGCAUUGACUUGUUUGGUUCGGAAACUAGUGAUGUUGUUGAUGAUGAAGAGGAUGAUGGGAAUGAUGAUGGUGAUAUCGAGGAAGAUGAUGAUGAUGAAGAAGAAGAUGAAAGACCGGCGAAGCUCAAGAAUUGGCAGCUUAGGAGAUUGGCUUAUGCGUUGAAAGCUGGGAAACGUAAGACUAGUAUAAAGAAUCUGGCAGCUGAGCUGUGUCUUGACAGGGCUUAUGUUCUUGAACUGCUACGUGACCCGCCUCCAAAGCUGCUAAUGCUGAGUGCUACAUUGCCAGAUGAGAAACCGCCUGUACCAGCACCUGAAAACUCAUCACCACCUGAUCCAAAUCCUCUGGAACCAUCAUCAGCUGAAGAAGAUGCUGUAGAGGUUGAGCCUGAGGGGAAAGUAAAAGAAGAAGCAGUCCAUGUGAUGCAACAGAGAUGGUCUGCUCAGAAGAGAGUGAAGAAAGCUCACAUUGAGACACUAGAAAAAGUGUACAGAAGAUCAAAACGUCCCACUAAUGCUGUGGUUAGCAGCAUUGUUCAAGUGACCAAUCUACCAAGGAGGCGGGUUUUGAAGUGGUUUGAAGAUAGAAGAGCAGAAGAUGGAGUUCCAGAGAAGCGUGCUCCUUAUCAAGCUCCGGUUUAAUUUGAUGUUAUUGAGCUUCCGGUUCGGUUUGGUUUGUUUCCUUUUUCAAAUUAAAUAAAUGUUAUUUGAAAUAGAGUGGAUUAAUAUUUAUUUUUAUUUAAUUCACAG